CGAUUCCCUGUUUUGCGACAAGCAACAUAUCCAUCCCAGAGGGAUAAAACUCUCAAAAGCAAACUAUGCCCACGAGUUGCAGCUGUCUCCAGCCCAUUUCCCUCCCAUUUUCUCCAGUUUCCCCCAUCCUCUCCUCUCGAUAUAUACCCCAUUUCUCUUCUUCACUCCCUCACCACCCUCCACCUCCACAGCCACGCGCCACCACAGUUCAAAAUGUCACAGCCCCUUUUCUUGCUUUCUUUUCUUGGCUUCUUUAUAUUCUUUACCUCUGGCCAUGUCUAUGCUUCCACUUCUUCAAAUCCACCGCAAUUACAGACCUUAAACACCAAGCCAGAGUACAUCAACCCAAAGCUUCCUCCCAGAAGCCUCUCCUCGUCCAAGAAAUUCGAGGGUUCUUCCGACUUGGUCCAGCUUCGGUACCACAUGGGCCCUGUCCUCUCUUCCUCCCCCAUAAACAUUUACCUCAUCUGGUACGGUCGUUGGGCUGAUUCCCAAAAGCUCCUCAUCAAGGAUUUCAUCAAUUCGAUCUCUCCCGCCACUGUUGCGGCUAAACCUUCCGUAUCCGAGUGGUGGCGCACUGUGUCUCUUUACACAGAUCAAACCGGCGCCAAUGUCUCUCGUUCAGUCCUCAUUGCUGGAGAAUAUUCCGAUAAGGCGUACUCUCAUGGAGCCCACUUGACCCGUCUUUCCAUCCAGCAAGUGAUAGCCACCGCCGUGAAAUCUGCUCCUUUCCCGGUAGAUCACAAGAACGGGAUCUACCUGAUCCUUACCACGCAAGACGUAACCGUACAGGACUUUUGUCGAGCAGUUUGUGGGUUCCAUUACUUCACAUUCCCAUCCAUGGUGGGUUACACUUUACCAUACGCGUGGGUAGGAAAUUCAGGGAAACAGUGCCCAGAAGUUUGCGCCUAUCCUUUCGCAAUCCCAGGUUACAUGGGAGGGGGUGGGCCUGGGGCGUUGAAGGCGCCGAAUGGUGAUGUGGGUGUGGACGGCAUGAUCAGCGUAAUAGGGCAUGAACUUGCAGAGCUAUCUUCGAACCCAUUAGUAAACGCUUGGUAUGCAGGGGAAGAUCCCACAGCACCAACAGAGAUCGGAGAUUUGUGCGAAGGAUUGUAUGGAACCGGCGGCGGCGGAGGGUACAUAGGGCAGGUGAUGAGGGACAAGCAAGGAAGAACCUUUAACGUGAAUGGGAAGAGAGGAAGGAAGUUUUUGGUGCAGUGGAUUUGGAGCCCUGAGUUGAAGGCAUGUGCUGGCCCUAAUGCUUUGGAUUAAAGCUCUUGAUUAGGAUCUUGCUAAAUAAUUUUAGUUGUGGGCUUGUUUUUAUUUUUAAAAAAAUCUGUGCUCUUGAGUUUGAUGGAAGCAAAAUGGGAUUGCUGGGAAUGCAGAAAUUAAAAAGAAAAAAAAAAAAAAAAAAGGCUGGGGGAUGGUGAGGGUCGGGAUAGGAAGGAUAAGGUGAUGGGUUUAUUAUCUUUCUCAUUUAUUUAUUUAUUUUAUUUAUUUUUACCUUUUAUAGGUAUAUAAAAAAAAAGAAGAAUUGUGUUGAUGUUA